CUCCAGGAACAAAUUCAACAAUUGAAUCGUCAAUUGACGCUCAUGAACGAGCGGACGGUGGAACUGAGACCGAGGACCCAAGACGCCGCGUUCCAUACAAUGAACGAGUAUUUCCACCACAUUAAGAGGGGGGUCAACCCCGCGAGAUACCCCACGCAAGCUCAAGCUACCAAAACUUUCCUGUUAGCGACUUUCGCCGAAGAUCUGAAAAGUCCCGACUACACGGGACUCGACCAAUUCAUCGAGCAGUGGCAGCUUUUGUCCGAGUACCACGCAGAUAUCGAGUGUGAAUUGUCAAGAAUUGAAGUGGACCCUUUUGUGGAUACAAAUUUCGGCGCUGGAGACGAGGAAGAAGCUCAGAAAUUCGUGAAUGUGGUCAAAACUUAUGGGACGACCACGCUGCAGAUCUCUCGGACGACGAUCGAGCAUGUGUACCCGCACAUUUUGAACGACGAGGAGCUCGUGCAGUGGCUCAUCGGUAAGACGUACAGCUUUUCCUUCACUUUGAUCGCGUACGUGGACGCGAGAACCGGCCGCGUGUUCCAGAUCGAGUCCAAGGUCGACCUCACCUCGGCCUUGUUGGACCUACUGCAGGACCCGUUCGUGACCAUGAAAAUGGUGGAGGCCACUAAAAUGUCCAAGCAUGGGAACUUGUUGCUGACGACGGAGGUGCUGGAGGACCAGAACGUCAUCGAGAAC